CACGAAGUCUACGUACACGCACACGUUUGCGCGCGCACUCGGUAUCGCAUCGUGUGUUCCGUACGUAGAGCCUGUUGCUCCUUCGCCGUAACAGCCGCGGGCCGCGUUUCAGUGUAACGGCGGCUUUCCGUGACAAUGGACACGACGCCGGAGCCGUCCUCCUAGUCCCCGCCCAGCAUUGCGUGGCUUCGCGCGGCGAGCGAGAGAGAGGGAUCGAGUGAGACGCAUCGAGACGCAGACGGGUGUGUGUAGACCUCUCGUAACGUGAACGUCGUCGUCACGUGCUGCGUGCGUUGUUUUCGUCGUCGUGUCCGUGUGUAGUUUCGCGCGCGCGUGCGUGUUCGUGUGUGUGUGUCUGCGGUGUGUGCGUGCGCGUGUGUACGCACGGCGACCAUCUGUGCGCGCCCCGACGUCGUUGUCGUCGCGUAUUUCGCGUCUGACGGGGGAAUAGAAAAAAUAAAAAAAAAAAUAAAGAAAAAGAUUUCGGGCCCGAGAGGGUGGCGCGUGUGUGUGUGUGUGUGUCUGAACGCAGGCGGCGUAGGAGAAGAGGAAGACGACUGUCGUCGUAUACGAUUCUCGCAGUGCUAUAUUAAAACAUAGGACAUAGAGUAUACGAAUUCCUGCACCGCCGCGGGACGACUUGACCGCGUGACGAUCAUCACAGGCCCCGCGCCGGCAUGCACCACUACCGUACCAGGGAAGACGAGACGCCCUGCGGGGGCGACCCGUACUUCUAUCUCAGGCUGUCGGCCGGCGCUGCCCCCUACAGCCCCCUAGAGCCCAUUAAGCUCGAAGUGGACGUGAAACCCGAACCCCGCAUAACGCCAGUCGAUGACUGCAUGCGACGCGGAUCUCCGCUGGCCGACCCCGCUUCCGCGGUAAUGGAUACUGCCGGCGGUUGCGGUAGCGCCGCUUCCGUCGCGGUGGACACCGUUGGUUGCGGCGGCGGCGUCGUCGUAGGUGGAGGUUUGGGUCUCGGUGUCGAUUGCAAAGACGAAGGGGGCGCAACCGGAAUCGGUCUGCUGGCCCUCACGCAGCUCGACGGUUACGGCGGCGGCUACAACAAUAAGUCGUACUGUCAUGCAGACGGUGGCUCGGUCGACUUGCAGCUGCAACACGACCGCGUCGGCGACGAAAACGACAAAGACCAUUGCAAAUAUUCGUACAGCCGGCUGAUGUACUCAUCGCCAGAUGAUAAUAUUAUAAAACAUCAGUAUGGUGGUGAUGAAUUUUCACCAGACCCAGCUAGAUUUGCUGCUCAAAAACCUGGUUCAUCUGUGUACAAUGCUGAUUCUUAUUAUUUAGACAGCACAGGAAAUAAUAGCGAUGUUUGGACAACUAGUGCUACUGCUCAACUUCAGUCUCCUACAACGUAUACAACAUAUACCAACCCACCCAAUCCGCUGCUGACCACGUCUCCAAACAUGACGCCAAACAAUUUUCCGCCAACAAACACUAUGCUAACACCAGAAAAUUUGGGCUAUAAUACUAUUGGUCCAAAUACUAGUAUACCUCCUAGUGGUGUUUCACCUGCUACAGAUGGCCUAGGUACUUCCCCUCUACCACCUAUGUCAAGUUUGCGUGGAGCUCCUCCUUCUGCUCCAAGUCCAAUUGCAGUUACCCCUAGCUCAAUGAUGUACCCAGGACAUAACAGUCCCACUAUUCAAUCUCCCGGGGAUACACUUGGCAAAACCUUAGCAUCAAUAUAUCCCACUGACCAGAGUGUCAGCAGUUACAGUUCAAAUCCAUCUACACCUGUAAGUUCACCACCACCUUUGGCACCUUUAGCGCCAGCAAACAGUGCCGGAUCUUGGACCCCUGGCGUAGUACCACCUCAUCCUGGAUCUCCUCAUUUUCCUACUGACCAUCGCACUAUUCAUUUGGGUAGUCGUAUGGAAGAAAGACUGGACGAUGCCAUAAAUGUUCUACGAAACCAUGCUGAAAGUCAAGCUUUAAGCUUAGCUGGUGUUCAACAUUCCGCUUCAGGCAUUGUACCAUUGUAUCAUCAACAUUUAGGAAGUCCCCAUUCAGCAACUGCUACAGUAGGAGCUGUUCCAAAUACUUACCAAACUCUUUCAGCAUGUCAAGACAGUGAUGGGCCAAUCAAAAUUGAAAGACUAAGCAAUAUCAAAAAACGGAAAGAACCUCCAGACAGUUCAGACAUCAAGCCUACUAGCAGUGAUCACUUGUUAGUAAAUAACAUCGUUAAUGCCAAUUCACCCCCAAACAAUUCGCCUAUAAAUAAAAAUUCAAAACGAUCCCGUCGAUAUUGUUCUAGUGCUGAUGAAGAUAAUGAAGAUCCUUCAACCAAAGCACAUAGAGAAAAAGAACGCAGACAAGCCAAUAAUGUCCGUGAAAGUGUGGACGACGAGAGUGAAGAUCCUGAAUUAAAAGCUCAACGGGAAAAGGAGCGCCGCCAAGCAAAUAACGCUCGAGAAAGAAUUCGAAUCCGUGACAUUAAUGAAGCAUUAAAAGAACUUGGCAGGAUGUGCAUGACACACCUAAAAACCGAUAAACCUCAAACUAAACUGGGUAUUCUCAAUAUGGCUGUUGAAGUCAUCAUGUCAUUGGAACAACAAGUUCGAGAGAGAAAUCUGAAUCCUAAAGCAGCUUGUCUAAAGAGGAGAGAAGAAGAAAAAGCCGAAGACAAUGUUGGACCAAAAUUGGGACAUCAUUUAUCGGUAGCACAACACAUGGUUGUCCAAGGACCACAUUUUCCACCCAUGACUUUGCCAAAUAAUCAAGCAGGCUUGCCUCAUAAUGGACCCCAGUAGCGAUGGAGUUCAACUUCACCUCAGAUAUUAUGCUCCUAAGUGAUUUGGAGGUGAUGGUAUUAGUUUGCCCUUACAUUAAAUCUCUAUUGAAAUAUUGCCAAGUAU